ACAUUCAGUACAAAUCACGCGACCCGUCAAACUAAAUCUCGUCGAGGGUAAAAAAAAAGAAAAAAAAAUAUUUUUUUCCAACUCCCCCCCACCCCUUUUUAUUUUAUCAGUGUCCUUCGACGAGAGUGAUUUUCAAAAAAAAAUUUUUCACUAAAUUAAAAAAUAUCUCUUUGAAAAAAAAAAUAAUGAUAUUCAAUCAAGUGCAUGGUCUAAUGUUGCCCUUAAUUGUUGUUGUCGUUUUUUCGACAUUUGCUCGUGCUGAAAUUGAACAUGGAACGGUCAGUCAAUCAAUUGAGGAUACACCGGAUAAUUCGGCUUCGAUUUUGAGCAAAGAUUGUGGUAAAUCUUAUAGUGCCAAAUGUCUUAAGCUGGAUGUGGUGUCGUUUUUUGAUCGGCUUUCCGAACAAGAUGAUUUGGGUCUUCUCCCCGGAGUCUCUGUUGUCAAGGACGCAAGUACAACUGAAAUUCCGGCGGCAGAAAUGAUGGCUAAUUUAGCGAGAGAUUUUCCUCACGACUCUGACAAACGAUUGGAUGCAUAUUUAAUACACAAAGUGGGUAGUUAUCUCAACAGUCAUGCAAUCUCCAUAAAACUCUUCGAUCCGCGAACGUUCGAAGCUGCAAGAAGCUUUAACGAUGAGGCGCUUAAUCGACUGGGACUAACUAGCGAUAAAAAUAUCGAAGCUGGUCGUGGCAAGAAAGACAAGGGUAUGGGUAGUUUAAUGGCUGGAUUGAUGAUGAUGAAAGGUACUUUAGGUGCAGUUGGAUUUGGUGCACUGGCACUUCUCGCUGGCAAGGCUUUAAUGACUGGCUUAAUGGCAUUGAUGCUUUCUGCAAUCAUUGGAUUAAAAUCAUUGGCAAGUGGUGGCGAUAAAAAAACCACCUAUGAAAUUGUCAGCAAACCAGUUUAUACACAAUCGCAUUCACAUAGUUCAGAGGAACAUCAUGGCCAUGGUUAUGGACACUCUGGCUUUGGUAGAUCGUUGGAUUUCGCUCAGGAUGCCGUUCAUGAAGCUGUACGAAAAUACGGAAAUGUUCGCGACCGCAGAUCGCUUUUGUAAUGUAAAUUAAUUCUUUUUUUUUUGUCAAUUUAUAGAUAUACCAAAUGAUCAAGCUACGAUCAAAUCUCACGCAGAGCUUUCAAUACUUUAAUUUAUUUUUUAAUUUUUAUAUAUAUUUUUUUAAUACUUUUUUCAUCUUUUUUUAAACUGAGAAAAAAAAUUGAAUUGAUUUAAAUAAAAAUUAUUACUUGGUUAAAAAAAAUAUUUAUUUAAUGAUAGUCAAGUAAUCGAUUAUUUGAAUCAAGGACAUUUUUUUCAGUGUAAUUUUAAUUUUGUUUCUUUUUUUAUUUUUUACUUUUCUUUUUUCCUUUCACUUUUCUGUCUUCUGCUCAUUUUUAUUUCUUUUCUACACAUUCUCAUUCACUUCACUCUCUCAUCUUCUUUCUCAAUUUCUGUGAUCUCCUACUUCCUGAAAUUCUACAUUUGUAUAGCUCUUUCUCUCUUCUCUCUCUCUCUCUCUCUCUCUCUUGGCUGUCGUUUCUUGAAAGAUUGCUCUGAAUUAUUUUCAAAUUGUUGCUAUUAUUAUUAUUAUUAUUAUUAUUUUAUUAUUUAGUUGUGUAAGUAUUUAUUGUGAAUUACUGUUCAUAUCAAAUGUACAACUGGGUGUACUGAUGGACGAGAAGAUGUAAUUUUUUUAUUUAUAUUAGAUUAUAAAUAAAGAUACUUUUUAAAGAACA